UGUUAUUAUAGAUUACUGAAGAUGGAGAUAGGUCUAACAGGGACCCUUAUCCUGACAGUGUGUGUCAGCCUUGUCCUGUACUUCUACACAUGGAGGAGUAAACUGAGAAGUAAGAAUUUGCCCCCUGGACCACCCACAUUGCCAGCUCUAGGUACUGUUCUUCAUGUGAGCACUAUUGAAAUGCCCCAGUCUUUGGUGAAGCUUAGAAAGCAGUAUGGACCAGUGUUCACCAUUUACAUAGGUAAUGCCCCUAUGGUGCUCUUAGCUGAUUAUGAAAGUGUGAAGGAAGCCUUUGUGGACCACAGUGAUGUGUUCAGUGCAAGAGGAAACACUUUUUUUGCCCAUGCAGUUUUCAAAGAUUAUGGAAUUGUACUGAGCAAUGGGGAGCGCUGGAAACAGUUACGUCGCUUCUCACUCACCACCCUAAGAAAUUUUGGAUUGGGGAAGAGAGACAUUGGGGAGAGAAUCCAGGAAGAGGGCCGUUUUCUCGUGGAACACUUCAGGAGACAUGGAGACAAAUUGUUUGAUCCAACUGAGUUGCUGCGUUUAGCUGUUUCCAACGUCAUCUGCUCCAUAGUGCUUGGAGAACGCUUUGACUAUGAAGAUAAACAGUUCAUGAAUCUUCUAUCCUUACUACAGGAGCUCUUUACUAUCCUGGCCUCUGCUUGGGGUAUUCUACUACACUUAUUUCCAACAAUAGCCUACUACAUCCCAGGACCUCAUCAGAAGGCCUUUAGAAACGUUGACAAACUGAAACAAUUCUUCCGGGAGUCUGUAGAAAACCACAAGAGGACAAUUGAUGUGAACUGCCCACGGGACUUCAUUGACAGCUUCCUGAUAAAGAUGGACGAGGAGAAGGACAACCCAAAAACUGAAUUCCACUUUGAGAAUUUGUUUGGAACAGUAAUGGAUCUCUUCACUGCUGGAAGUGAAACCACCAGCACAACCCUGAAAAGUGCCCUCCUCAUCCUGUUGAAAUACCCCAAUGUGGCAGAGAAGAUGCAGGAAGAGAUUGAUAAUGUGAUUGGACAGAGUCGAUGUCCCUCAUUGGAGGAUCAUAUUAAGAUGCCAUAUACAGAUGCUGCGAUUCAUGAAAUACAGAGGGUUGCUGACAUAGUGCCCAUGGGCGUUCCACAUGCAGCCAGCGAAGAUACAGUUUUCAGAGGAUACAACAUCCCUAAGAAUGCAAUAGUUUCUCCACUGCUGACAUGUAUCCUAAAGGACCAAAAAUAUUUUGAAAACCCGGAAAAAUUUGAUCCUGGACACUUUCUGGAUGAAAACGGAUGUGUCAAGAAUAUUGAAAGCUUUCUCCCUUUCUCCAUUGGGAAGAGAAGCUGUAUGGGCGAAGGUCUGGCUCGCAUGGAGCUCUUCAUUUUUCUGACCACCAUUUUGCAAAAAUUGAAACUGAAAUCAAAUAAAGCUCCAGAGGAUCUUGAAAUAACACCUGAGCCAGGAAAAAAUGGUGUGGUAGUCAGGACAUAUCAAAUGUAUGUGGAACCACGUUGAUUAUUAAAGAUGGACAAUAAAAUAUUUAAGACUUUGGUCCCUACUAAUAAAAUAAUGAAAUGUACAUUAUAUGUUAAUGGAAUAUUUUCAGAAAUAAAAUGUUUUAAAAGUCAA